AUGACCGAGGUUCAGGACGUCGACGCAUUCAGUUUGAGGUUUCAGAACAUCCUCUAUGCCCCGGAGGUUCAGACGUCAUUGAAAAGGAUGCGAAUCCCUGCGCCGUUGGCGUCCAAAGCAGAAGUGCUUGCAGCCAUCGCCGAGACUGCCAAUGAGGAGACCUUGGCCAAAGAUGCCGUGGAAGCCCUCACCGCUGCAGCAUGGCUGCAGCUGCGAGCGGGCACUGCGCUGGAUAGUGGGCUGUGCAUGGUGGCUUUGGCUUGCUUGUGUUUGGUCACCUGGAAGGGCCGCUACGGAAACAUUGACGUACGGCCGGCGCCUAAGGAAUCAGUUUUAAUGAUUUUGAUGCCCUCAGGGCUUAGAAGUUUAAGGUCUAGCACUUCUUCUCGCAACGUGCUUGUGAGGCCUGCCUUGUGGACUCUGGUAGUCAUUCAGGGCAAAGAGACGAUGGAAUGGCUGGCGCAAGUGGGCUUCUUUUUCUGGAGCCGCUUGCCUAUCAGGCAAAGCGGGCAUGACCAGCAGACAAAUCAGGAAAAACCAUUUUGCAUUCCUGGGACAAGAACUCCGGUGCUGCGUAUUGCAGAUGCCAUUUCCCACCCUGCUCCAAGCCUGGAGACCCUUGCCGAUCUGGUUUUCCUCAUUGCCGGCUACUUUGCCAUAUUCAGGCAGAUGGAUUUCUAUGGCACGCGGGAGUUGGACAAGAUUUUCUUGCCAUGGUUCUGUGCGAUGUAUUGGCUCCGGCUAAUGUACAGCCUGCGUGGCGAACGGUGGCUCGGGCCCUAUCUCCUACCUAUCCUAUCAGCUGUUCGGGACACUGGGGCCUUCUUCUUUGUCACCUCCCUCUGCGUUGCUGGUGCGACCCACGCCUAUGUUGUCCUCAACGCCAGAGAAGACGACCGUUUCCCAAUUUAUUCCGCCUUCACCCACACCGUCCGGCUGGCAAUCUUUGGGGACUUUGACCUCUUUGAAUUCCACGGCCAGGACACGACCUACAUGGAGAAAGACGGGGUGUGGGAGCCGGACGACCCUGAUCCCGAAGAAAAUGGUUUUGUGACUUACAUGUACCUGCAGCUCUGUUUCUUCUGCACAGGCGUGGGCGUGGCAGUUCUCCUCAUGAACCUGCUGAUUGGUAUCCUAGGGCAAAAUUACGAGCUUCACCAGAACCGUGCGCAAGUGCUGUUCGUGCAGGCCCGAGCGCGUAUGUUGCUGGAGCAGCAGCAAAGGCCUUGGGCCAGGCUGGCCACGGCACUCCAUCGCAAAGUGCUCGGCUUGGGCUACGGGCAAACCGCUUGCCGUGAGGACGAGCCUCAUCAUGAUGCAGACGAGCCUCAUCAAAAUGGUGGCUGCAUUGACAAGCUAUUGCGGUCAGUAUGCCGGCUGGGGGAGCUGGCGCUGAUCCCUCUCCUGCCCAUCAUGCAACCCCUACAUCCAUCCAAAGAGAUUUCCUACCAUCAGGAGCGAGUCUUCAAGCGUUUCGUGCGGCGCAUAUUGUGGAGACCGAUGGAGAACAUCCGCUGCCGUGCCCUGGUCAUCCCUGCAAUGUCUUUGCUGCUACUGCCUGGAGCAGUGGUAUGCCUGCUGAGUCUCAUGGGAUUUGCAACCUCCUGCGUGCUCCUGAAGAUCAUUGGUGGCCAGAUCAAAGGCCUUCGCUAUUUGAUCAACUUCAGCGUUUUUGGCCUCUUUGGCGAUCACUUUGCCGACGAAUGCCAGAUCUUCGCGCUGGUUCGCAAGGAGCCCGGCAUGGAUGAUCUGCGAGGCAUGCGCGCUGAGCUUAAGGAGAAGAUACAACGCCUGGAGAACGAGCUGCAGGAGCAGCGCCAAGAACAGAAGGCGAGCCUGGAUGCAAUGGGCAAAAAGAUAGACGCCCUUCUGAAUCUGGCCCGUGCUGAGACCGCUGAGACCCAGCACUCGUAG